UAAAAAUCAACACUAUGGGUAGAGUGGCUUUGUUAAGUCAUGAAAAAAGCAAAGCACAUCAUCAUCAAGUGUUGGUUCGAAAAACUAACCUUCCAAUCAGCCAUUUUUUACCAAAUCAAAUCGUUGGUAAUAACCUGUUGUCGUCAUCUCCGUCACUUUCUUCAAUUUCCACUGCAAUGGCUACCCAAAUCUCAGCUUCAGAUUCUUCCACGAACACUGAUAAUCAACACUCUAAGGCUUCCAACGUCUUGAAUAGAUUCAUGCUAAACGAGCAAGUUACAAGUGCUGAAAUUGUGUGAGCUCUGGAAACUAUUGCCACUCAUAACUCCUAUCGCAGUGCUGGGGCUAACACUAAUUUGUUCAAAACCAUGUUUCCGGACAGCCAAAUUGCCGCCAAGCUCGAGAUGGGACGCACAAAACUUGCGUAUCUAAUAACUUUUGGUCUGACACCUUAUUUCACAAACGAAAUAUUUAAGCAACUUGAUGUAUGUUCCGAAAUAGUAAUUGGUUUCGAUGAAACAUUGAACAAAGUUUCACAACGCCAACAGAUGGAUGUUAGUGUGAGAUUUUGGAAUGAAAAUAAGGAACAGGUAGAAUGUCGAUACAUUGGAUCAGCGUUUUUAGAUUCUUCUCGUGCAGUUGAUCUCCUUAACGGAUUGAAACAGUGCACAGAAAGAAAGCCUGCUCUACUGAAUAACGUGAUUCAGCUAAGCAUGGACGGACCGAAUGUAAAUUGGCGUUUAAUGAAGGACUUAUGCGAAGAACUUCGAAAUCUGCGUGGGGUACCAUCUUUUGAUUUAUUAAACAUAGGUAGUUGCGGCUUACAUGCUAUUCAUAAUGCUUUUAAAAAUGGUAUGAAGCACACUGAAUGGAACAUUGACGAGUUUUUGACAUCCCUCUAUUAUUUGUUCAAAGACUUUCCGUUGCGCCGUGCAGAUUAUAAAGAAACUACCGGAUCCAAUUUAUUCCCACUGAAAUUUUGUCCUAUUCGAUGGGUUGAAAAUUUGAAUGUGGCUGAGCGUGCAUCUAAAAUGAUUCCUUAUUUGAAAGUCUAUGUGGCUGCGGUCAAAAACCAACGUGACAAAAAACUCAAGGAAGGUCACCAUUCUUUCAAAAGGAGUUUUGCUGCAGUUGCUCAGUCUAGGCCAUUCGCUUUAAUAGAAAAGACCAUUUCUGAUGAAAUGUUGAGCCCAAAACUUGCCUUUUUUAUUUCCUCAGCUGGAUGUGUGGAACCCUUUUUGCGAGAAUUUCAAUGUGAUGCUCCUAUGGCGCCAUUUUUGUUUGAUGAGUUAUCUUCAAUUACCCAUUCUAUAAUGAGUAAGGUUUUAAAAUCGGAAUACUUAAAUGUAAAAGCUAAAGCGAUUACCAAUAUUGAGCUCAAAGAUAACAACACACUACCGACAUCGCAAGUUGAUAUAGGCUUUGGAGUCAAAGCGGCAAUUAAAACAAUAAUGACAAGUGGAAAAAUAUCUGAAAAGGUGAUCCUUCAGUUUAAGAACGAUUGUAAAGCUUAUUAUAUUGCAUUUUUAACAAAAAUUUGUGACCGUUCUCCACUGUGAGACCAUCACAAAAUCGCUUGAUAUUGCCUUGAAAAGGUUGGAGUACUGCCUAGAUUACAUGGUCCAAAGAGACCAUUUAGGGGGUAAUGUAGCGGACAAAGUUCGUCAGGAAUUCACAAAUGCGGUAGAAAUUUUUAGCAUAAAGUCAUCUCUAGCUGCCUACAAGCGACAUGAAUGUCGACUAGAUAAUUUUUGGUUUAAAGUUCUUGCGGAUUCGAGAAAAGAAUUCUCAAACUUAAGAAUUUUUUUUAAAAAAUUUUAAUUCUAUCACAUGGCAAUGCAACACUGGAGCGAGGAUUUUAUAUAAACAAAGAGUGUCUGAUAGUUAAUUUAAUCGACGAAAGCUUAGUGGCGCAGCGAAUAGUAUACGACGCUAUUUUGAACGCCGGUGGUGUUUUAGGGGUAGACAUAAAUAAAUCACUCAUCCAGUACGCCCGAAACGCGCAUGGACGAUACGUCGAGAGCCUGGAGCAAAAGAAGAAGGAAAGGGCACAAAAGGACGAUGCCAGUGCUAGAAAAAAGACAACGAAUCAAGCACUUAAGGAAUUAGAAUUAGUUAAAGCCAAAAUUCUCGCAGAUGCUCAGAAAGAAGUAGCCUUGAUCGAAGAGAAAAUGAGUAAUUUGAAUAAAUAAGCUGUUUCAGCAAUCUUAUAAAAAACGUUUAUAAUGCUUAAUAGUUUUAUUUUUAAAUAAUAGUUUAAGGUUAUUUUAUUUAAUUCUUGUUACAUCGAUAACAAGCAGCUUUGCACUGUCAUACUAAUUAUAGACGAAGUUAUAAAUACUAUUAGAGUUACCUAUAACAUUGUCAAAAAAUGCUUUGAAAUUUUAGUAUCGCAUAAGGCAAUCAACU